AUGGGGUUUUUCUCACAUCUCAACAGAGCUAUCAAUGGCUACCCUUCUUCCUUAAAGCUUCUGGUUCUUUUCUCUGUCAGUAGCGGAGGUCUUGUGGCACAUGCAGAGCCACAGUCAGACAAUGGAAGAGAUACCGUCGAACUUAAUCAAAUGGAACCUAAGAAGAAGAGAGUAGUGGUGCUAGGCACGGGAUGGGCUGGUACCAGUUUCCUGAAGGAUCUGGAUAUUUCACUAUAUGAUGUUAAGGUGAUCUCCCCUCGGAAUUAUUUCGCAUUCACUCCUUUGUUACCUAGUGUCACAUGUGGAACAGUUGAGGCACGAAGCAUUGUAGAACCAAUUCAGAGAAUAAUGAAGAAGGAAGAAGAGGAUGCUCAAAGGAUCCGUCGAACUGUUAUAGAUUGUUUUGAAACAGCUGUCCUUCCAGGGCAAAGUGAAGAAGAGCGAAUGACAAACCUCCAUUUUGUAAUAGUUGGAGGGGGGCCAACUGGUGUGGAAUUUGCUGCAGAGUUAUACGACUUUGUCCAUGAAAAUUUAGUAUACUUAUAUCCCACGGUAAAAGAUCUAGUGAAAAUAUCGGUGAUCCAAUCUGGGGAUCAUAUGUUGAACAUGUUUGAUCAAAGAAUUAGCUCGUUUGCUGAACAAAAAUUCCGGAGAGAUGCCUACAAGAACAGACCGACAGCCUCCACCGACAAACAACUCAGUCCACCGAUUGCCAAACCAUACCCAGCAGCACCGAAUCAGCGACAACUCAAACCUUCAGCAGCAGCCAUUAACUAA